GCGUAACUUCUUUUUCCUCGCUCUAACACCUUCCUCGCUCAACCACAGAUGUAGCUUCUUCUUCCUCGCUCGUCUAUAACCGACCAAGCGCUCUGACUUCUUUUUCUUCUUUUUCAUCAAUGAUCGAUGCACACAGUGAGAGCGGCGGAGACCAGGCGAUUAGGGGAUUCUGGGCUAGGGUUCGAACCCUAGCCCCCCGCUCUAGUAUCCGAGCAUCAAGGACGAAGAAGGAAGCAGGGAAGAAACAGUGGCAGAGGCAAUACCACCAGCUUCCGGUGGUGAUCCACCGCCGAACCAGUGCCAAAUCCGAGGUGUGGCCAAGAAGCUACCAAAACAGAUGUGCACAAUAACCAUUUGGGCUCAUUGAAUGGCACACAACUACUUGAGGAAGGCCAUCCAAUACAUGAGAAGACAAAUGACACUUCACACUUUAAACAAGCAGUAGCAGAUUCAGGUACAAUGGUAAUUAACCCAAAUUCGGCAGUUGAGUAGCAAACUUUCAAAUAACUAAACUAUCGCUUUGGAAUUGGGGGAGGCAAACACAUGUUUUGCAGAUUAUACAAUGAGCAAUACUUCCUUUCUUUUUUUGUGUUUGGUAUCUUGAAUUUGUUUCCCAUGGUCUUAUCUUUCGAUAUGAGUUUCAGGAUCAUGUUUGGCCAAUAAGUGUGGUUAUUGUUGUUCUUAGAGUUCACUUUGGACUUUUUUUUUCCUUUUGAACAGGUCUUCCGGGGAGUGGACUCUUAAUUGUCUCAUUGCUUUCACUUGGACAGAUUGCACACAUUUCAAAUCCUUCUCUAACCCUCUCUCUCCAAACUGGUACAUAAGAUUGCUCUUGCCUGGGAGGAUUUUGGCAUUUAUUUCUUUGGACAGUCUCACUUUGAAGAAGGAUAAUUUGAAAAGUAUUUUCAGAUUACUUGAAACAUGCAAGAGAGGGUGGUGGAUUUCAUUUAUGCUCAAUAUGCUCUGGAUUGCUUUUGCAAACGUUGGAAGGAUAGUUAUGCUUGGGAGACUUGAUCUUGGAUUGAGGUGGAAUUCUGCAUAUUUGGAUUUUUGUUAAUUAUUCAUUAGGAUUGUUGCAUUUUUUCCUCAUUAGUUACAACGUGAGGGAUGAUGAGAUAUACUUUUGAUGCAUUGUACUUCUCUUUUCAUUAAUAAAACAUUUUAUAUUUG